CCUGAUAGCGUCACCCCAAGCUACAGUAGACCAUAUCGUAUACCUUGUCCUCGCCAUAAUCCGACCUUCGUUUAUCAGGACCAACUCCCCUUCCCAUCCAAACAUAUUUUCGUCGAUCCAUAUACCAAACGUGAUUCGACUACACUCUUGUUCUUCAAUAUGGCUUCGCAAGAACCGACACAGCCUGCCACCCAAAAAAUGGUAGAUCCCCGUAGGCUUGGUCAAAACAACUCUGGACUUGUUGAUGACGACAUCACGGAUGUUAUACUGAUACUUCAUCCCAUGACUCCGGCUGCCAUCAAAAUAGUGGAGAGCAUGGCUAUGCACCGGCCGGAACAUGUCCUUUUCUACGAUGACGUUAUGACCUCUUUUGUCGGCGAUGUCCCAAACAUAGAGGAACAAGAGACAAUCAUAGUCGACAAAGACGGAAAGAGAGUCGGCCAAUCCCCGACUUCGCCUCUGGGUCUCGCGUUGCGUUUGUCAAGCGCACCUUUGCUGAAAUCCAAGCAGGCCGGUUUCGUUUUUGGCAGGAACGCAAACUCUUCAGAUAUCGUGUUGGGGCAAGACUCUGGGAAACGCAUCAGCAACCAACAUUUCCGCAUCUAUUUCAACGAGAACGGCCUGACUAUGCUGGCAGAUAUAUCGACCAAUGGCACCCUUGUUGAUAAUGUCUUGCUGAAGGGUAAAGACCCGAGGUGCAACUCUGCCCGUAUGGUUGUGGCCGGCACGAUGAUCACCAUAUCCAACACGAAUGAUGCGGAAACCAUACGGUUCACUGUGCGUAUUCCACCGAGAGGCCCAGAUGCUAAAAUGUACGAGGAAAAGAAACGUAUAUUCGUCAACGAGUGCGCAGCCGAUGUUACCAAGCGAGUUCUCCCGUUGCAACCCUAUCAAGCCACCAUGAGGUGGGAUGGUGGGGAUGCCUACAACAUUAUUGGUGAAAUCGGUAAAGGAGCAUUCGCAACUGUAUAUCAACUCGCUACAAAGAUGGAUGGGAAGCUCUUAGCUGCCAAAGAACUGGAAAAGCGCCGCUUCAUGAAGAACGGUCAGCUUGACAAAAAAAUCGAAAACGAAAUGAGGAUCAUGAAGUCGUUACGCCACCCGAAUAUCAUCGAUUUCGUCGGAUAUCACGACCAGGGUGAUUUUCUUUACAUCACCAUGGAGUAUGCUCCUCAUGGCGACAUGCAGAAAUACUUGGGGUCAUACGGUCCCAUCAAUGAGGACAUGGCGCGACCACUAGCUCGGCAGAUACUGAGUGCCCUGAAUUACCUUCAUGCCGCCAAAAUCACGCACAGGGACAUCAAGCCUGACAACAUUCUAAUUGCCAGCCUUGAACCCUUCGAAGUAAAGCUUUCCGAUUUUGGUCUCUCAAAGGCGAUUAAACACGAAGAGACGUUUUUGAAGACGUUCUGUGGUACCCUUCUGUAUUGCGCCCCUGAGGUCUUCCCGGAUUUCCAUAAUCAAGGGGUAAAACGCCGACGCGGAAAGCAGUACAACGCAUACAGCUCGUCUGUCGACAUCUGGUCCUUCGGUGGUGUUUUGUGGUUCGCUCUGUGCGGCGAACCUCCAUUCCGAGGCAUUUCCGAUUCUACAGGCGAAGCCAUGUACAACAACAUCAUGAACACUCAGCUCGACACCACUCCACUCGAGAAGCGCAAAAUUUCGAAUGAUUGCAUCGAUGUUCUGACAAAGAUGUUAAGAACGGAUCCCGGAAUGCGCCCGACUGAACGAGACUGUCUCAACCACGAGUGGCUCAAAGAUGAUAGUGUUCCACUCUUGCAAGAUCCAGAUCUGCAAUCUAUCCUGGAAGAAGACGAAUCAGAUGGAGCCGAGGCACAGCUCUCACAGCUUAAUCUGGGGGAGGAAGUCCUAGAUCCCGACUCUGACGAAGAGCCGGACGUGCUUUCGGACGACGAUUUCGAGAGGCUUAUCGAUAGCAGGAAGUCGAAACGCCUUCGUACGGACCGAUUAUUUCCGCGAAAUCAGAUGAGAGAUUUGGGCGAUUCCAGCGCAGAUUCUUCGUUCCUAUCCGAAGGCAUGAACCAAGAGUUCGACGCAGAGGAGAGUCUGAAACUCAUGCCUGCAUCUGAGAGGCAACGGUUGUUUGGGGAAAUUGGGCAAUCCGCCGUUGGGAGUUCCGAUAUACUCAAUACACAGUUCAAAGAGGCAUUGGAGCGUGAAGAUUCGCCCAACCAAAAACUUGCAGAAGUUCUACCAUCAUCCAGCCACAUCGGUGGUAAUGCGCUGAGACAGACUCCCCCUGCUGCACGUGCCGUGCCACGCCUCGAUAGCGAUUCAAACCGGCGAAGUCUUCUUGGGGCCAAUACCAUGGUACGCGAAUUCAACAUGACUUCUCCACACUCGCCCGUGUCGGGUCCAUAUAGCCCAAACGAACCAGCGACGCCAAAAACACCGGAUGUUCCUCAGCAUAAUUCUUUGGAGUAUCCAUCGAAGCACGCAAGCGAGGACAGUGAGCCCACUCCGAGAGCAAAGCCUCCUUUGGACCGGCAGUUCAGUCUCCCAAGGACCCCAUCGCUAUAUUAUGAUCCUUAUGACAGAACAACACAUAAUCUUGAAUACGCGUCUAAGAUUAGCGGCUUUGACUUUGUCGCUGCACAAAAACAGUCUGAUGCCGCUACAACGGAAAUCGAGGACACUAUAAGAUAUUCUGAAAGCAGCGAGCCGAACGAAGAUACCGCUGUUCAGACGUUGCCUGUCGAUCUACCCGAGAUUCCUGCAGGAGCAGACUUCAAAACCCCCGCCCGCCGAUUAGGAAAGCUCACUGCCACCAGCGACUCCUUCAUAUCCAAUCUCGUACUCAACAUUGAUCAGAGUAGGACCAGUUGGGGUCGCUUCAAGGGCAACACAAUUGUUUACGAGGACCAAGAUAUGCGGAUUCCCAAAAUCGCGCUUGUCAUUUUCUGGUGGUCGUCACAUGCUGAUCUCAAAGAUAGCGUGCAAAAUCUGUCCCAACAAGGCAAAGACUGGACUACCUUGAGUGAUUUACACGUUGGUAUCAUCACUGACGCCACUGGUGGCAUUUUGGUGAAUGGCAAACAUUUGCACCGUCGCGACCGGGAGAAACGCAUCAUCUGCGGAGAACUACAUACAGGCGACGUUGUCCAGAUUUUCCACGAUCCUCGAACCAAUCAAUGCCUAAAAUUCACUUGUGAAUUCUACCUGGGGGAAGGCAAAGAUGCACGAUCACCCGGAAACAGUUUCAAGACAUUCUGCAAAGCUUAG